AUGAUCAUGAGGCUCUCCACGAUCGUCGCCUUCCUCUGCUCACUCCUCGUCGUCAGCGCAUAUUAUAUGGAAGAGAAGCGAGUUGACCCUAAUGGCUUCCGAAUGGGCUUUGGAAAGCGCUCUUUUGACCCGAAGGCUUACAGAAUGUCCUUCGGCAAGCGGGGUCUAGACGCGAACGCCUACCGUAUGAGCUUUGGAAAGCGAUCCGAUCCCGAAGCCACUUGGGAAAUGGAGCAGAUG